UUUAAAUCAUAUUUUUGGGAUAGAUUUAGGGAUUUUAGGUUUUUGUUAUUAAUAGAUAUAUGUUGUAUUGUUUUCAAAUUUCAGGUAUGGAGUUGGAGUUGCCUAAUCGUUUAUACGGUGAGGGAUUGGAACCUCAGGUUAAGAAGAUUAAUAACAGCUGCCGACUAAAACUUCUCGAGUUGCUAAAAGAAAAAAUGGAACCAGAAUUCGAUGAAGUUAUGAAAGAUCCCAUUUUUUCACAGAUUAUGGUUAUCCAGAAGAAUGAUCUGAAGUUUUCGGCGAGGUUGGUACACUCUUUCUUGUGUAAGGAGUUGAUGACAAGCAAGAGACAUGAGAAGUGGUUCACUUUCGCUAGGAGACCUCUGCGUUUUGGAUUGCAAGAGUAUCAUGCUGUCACUGGUCUGAAAGUGAAGCGAGAGAAUAACAGUGGGCUAGUGACAUGGAAAGACGAUAAUGGUUUUUGGAGCAAGCAGAUAAAGACGAAUGGAAAAAUAAAUUUGCAGAUCAUAAAAAAGAAGCAUUUGGAAGAGAGCAAUACCUGGACUUGGGUUGAUAGGGUGAGACUGAUAUAUCUUUGCGUUAUUAUGGGUGUGGUGAUGGGAAAGGAUGAGAAGGUGAAUAUCCCGCAUCUGUACAUGAAGUUGGCGAUGGAUUUGGAGAAGCUUCGGAAUUACCCAUGGGGUCUGUAUUCGUUUGAUUUCCUUCUGAAGCAAAUUGAUAAAACAAGGCAUAAAUUAGAGCAGAAAGAGGGGUAUCUGAUGGAAGGAUUCUUGUUUGGUUUCCAAAUUUGGAUAAUGGAAGCUGUUCCUGCUUUAGGAGAGAUUUGUGGCACAAAAGUCAGUAAAAAUUUUACAGGUCCACUGUGUGGUAAUUGGAGAGGAUGUGCAAAAUGUUCUUAUGAAGAUAUCAUUGGCGUUGAGAACUUAUUCCCAGAAAACGGGAUUUUGCAUUCAUUCAUGGAAUCCCACAUAGAUGGAGUGGUCCUUUUGGCAACUGAUUUUGUACAGAAGGAUGAGAAGAAAGAUGAAAGAGUAGAUCGUAUUUUAGAUAUGAUCAAUAGUAAACAUGAUUGGAACAAUCAUGUUUGGGGAGUAAAAGAAGCUACGAACUCUGAAUUUGAGGAAUCUGGCGAAGAGAAAGGAGAGGAUCAAACAGCUGAUACUGAGAGAGGUGAAAAUAGUCAUGUUGCAGGGAAUGUUGAUGGCACAGCUGAUGUUUCGGGAAGAAACAAGAGAAAGCAUGCAGACCGAGGAGCAGAGUCAAGGAAAAAGAAUGUUUUGUGCCACCUAGCUGCUUCAUCAAAAGGAAAUAUUGACACAGAUAUGAAAAAUUUCUUGGAGGAUCUGGUACAAGCUUCUUUUACUGCUUUUGGGGAGAAAUUCUGUCAGCAGUUCUCGGACAGGUUGGGUAAGAUUGAGACUGAGGUUACACAACUCAGGACAGCUUCAGAGAGAACUGAGCAAUUUGAGACCGUUGUAACCGACAGAUUGGGGAAAAUUGAGGCUGAGGUUACACAGCUCAGGACAAGUUUAGUGGUGACUGAAUUGGUGGGAAAGAGUGAUCAAGCAAGCGGUCCUAGCUUGACCAAAAUCAACAGUGGUCCUAGCACCAGCAAAAAAGGCACUGCUCCAACAAAGAAAAAGGUAACUACUAAGAGAAAGAGUUAAAAGAUGUUGAAAGCUUGGAACUAGGCGAUGGAAUGUAGGUCUUUGAAGCUAGGUUGUUAGAACUUGGAAUGAGGCGGUAAUAUGUAUUUGAAACUUGUCGUUUAUGUAAUCACUAUAUUUAAUGUAAUAUGUAUUUGGAAGUUUGUAUGUUUAUUAUGGAUUUCAAACUUGGCGUUUAUGUCUAUUCUCUA